CUCUGCAGCGCUCGUGAGGAUCACUCGGUGUGCGCAUGAGCGGGUGAGAGAGUUUACGGUGAGGAAAUUCAUGAUCAGUGAAGUUCCUCCCACAACAAUCACAUCAUCAAUGAAGCUCCUCCCACAACAAUCACAUCAUCAGUGAAGCUCCUCCCACAACAAUCACACAUUCAGAAAUUCACCAAUAAAUGCUGGAAUAUUCCCAUCAGUUCACAAUUGAAGACGCAUCAAAUCAUCAGGAAGAGCUGAAAUCUGCAGAGACUGAGUUUAUUAAAGAGGACAGAGAGAAGAUGAGAGAUCCAGAACCCUGCAGAAUCAAACACACUGAAGAACAAACAGAGUUGAUUGAAGACAAUGAGGUGAAAGAAGAAUUGAGUGAAUUUGAGCAGAAAAAUCAUGUCAAAAAUGGAGAAAAACCCAAACAGAAAGAUUUAAAGAAAAGAAGAUCCAAUAAAUCUUUCACCUGCACUCAGUGUGGAAAGAGUUUUACAUACAAAUGUUAUCUUGAACUUCACAUGAGAAUUCAUACUGGAGAGAAACCGUUCACUUGUGAUCAGUGCGGGAAGAGUUUCACACUAUCAGCAAACCUUAAGAUACACAUGAACAUCCACACUAGAGAGAAACUGUACACAUGUGAUCAGUGUGGAAAGAGUUUAUCACGAUCAUCAACCCUUAAGAAACACAUGAACAUCCACACUAGAGAGAAACUGUACUCAUGUGAUCAGUGCGGCAACACAUUUUUCAGAGCUUCACACCUGAAGAAACACCUGAGAGUUCAUACAAAGGAGAAGCCACAUUUAUGUUAUUUGUGUGGAAAGAGAUUUUCACAUCUACAAAAUUUGAAAGAACAUCAGAAAAUACAUACAGGUGUGAGAGAGUACAUGUGCUUAGAGUGUGAAAAGACUUUUACUUCAGCAAAGUGUUUAAAAAUGCAUGAGAGGAUUCACUCUGGAGAAAAACCUUACAAGUGUUCACACUGUGACAAGAGAUUCAGUCAUUCAUCAAGUCUGAAAACACACAAGAUGAUCCACACUGGAGAGAAACCUUACUCAUGUGAUCAGUGCGGGAAGAGUUUCACACUAAAAAGAAACCUUAUGGUGCAUAUGAGAGUUCAUACUGGAGAGAGACCGUUCACUUGUGAUCAGUGCGGGAAGAGUUUCACACUAUCAGCAAACCUUAAGGUACACAUGAACAUCCACACUAGAGAGAAACUGUACACAUGUGAUCAGUGCGGCAAAACAUUUUUGAGAGCUUCAAACCUGAAGCAGCACCAGGCAGUUCAUAUAAAGGAGAAGCCACAUUCAUGUCAUUUGUGUGGAAAGAGUUUUUCAUUACUACAACAAUUAAAAUUACAUCAGAAAAUACACACUGCUGUGAGAGACUACAUGUGCUUUGAGUGUGAGAAGACUUUUAAUUCAUCGAGCCAUUUAAAACAGCAUGAGAUGAUCCACACUGGAGAGAAACCUUACAAGUGUUCACACUGUGACAAGAGUUUCAGUCAAUUAGGAGAACUGAAAACACACGAGAGGAUCUACACUGGAGAAAAACCUUAUAAGUGUUCACACUGUGACAAGGGAUUCAGUCAAUCAUCACAUCGGAAAAGACAUGAGAUGGUUCACACUGGAGAGAAACCGUAUCACUGCACUGCAUGUGGGAAGCGUUUCAGCCGAUCUUCUUCUCUACACAGACAUACACAAAGAUAUCACAGUAUGUAGAUCAUCUUCAGAUCCAGCUCUUUCAGGUCUGAUGCUGCUUCCGUAUCAAAUGUGACAAAAUAAUGCAUCAAGCAGUAAAAUAUAAUCUGGAUAGAUCUAUCACUACAAGCGACAUGACAAAAAAUCAUUAUCAAAUGUUGAAUAAAGUUAAUCUUCAUCUUCAAAACCAGCAGAUUGAACUGAGAGGUUCAGAUCGGCACGGUACGGUUCAGUACGGCUCACUUUUGGGGGGUUUCCACUGGGUACAGUACCUGGUACCUGGUUCUUUUUUAGUACCACCUCGGCCGAGGUUCCAAGCAAGCCAUACCAUUACCAGAAUGUGAUGUGUAAACUCUGCUGAUCACUGAUUGGUCGGAGAAAACUUUUUUUUUAACAACCAAAAAAUGGCUGUUUCGUUGUCUGCUGACGAAGCACAGACGUUCCUCUCGUUGAUAGCCGAGGAAUGGAUCCAGCGAGAGCAUGAUGGAGUAACGUGGAAUUAAAACGUUUUCAGGAGUCACGGCAGUAAAGGCGGCGCAACUAUAACGACAUGUGAAUAAUCCCACCCACUCUAAAGCGGUACUAAACUGCGGUGGAAACACAAACUGAGCCGGACUGAGCCGUGCCGAGCCAAGUCGUACCACGCAGUGGAAAAGCGUCAAAAGAUGGAGCUCCUCCCCAAAGAACAAUGUCAAAAAGUUUUAUUCUUGUGUAUCAUUUUGCUUCAUAAUAUAAAUGAUAGCAUUGUGCUUUCUUACGGGUUUCAUGUUAUGUUCAAUUGUUUCAUAUUAUGUUCAAUAAUGUUUAAUAAGCAGGAUUGAAAGAAUAGUAACACGAUUAAAACCUUACAGAUAUCCAUCCAUACUUGUCAGUAGGAGAGAGAUCCAGCUCAUUAGUUUUCACUUUUACUUAGCUUGUUUUUGUAUUUGCUGAUUAAAUGUAAUUAUUAAUCAAAUGUUACCUUUUUUGUUAAUACAUUGUUAUAUUUACUUUUUAUAUUUUAUCAACAACUUUUAUUGUCUGCUGAUUGUAUUUGAAUCAGGAAAAAGUAAUUUUAUCAUUUUAGUUUUAAUUUCUAAAAGCUAUGAAGUAUGAUAAUUGCUUUUUGGGCUUUUAAGUUUCUCAAUAAAGCUUUUAUUUGCCUAAUAAACUAUAUUUUACUCCACAUAUGAGUGAUAUUGAAUGAGUUUGUCUACAUUAGAAACCCUUCUUCUUCUUCUAGCGGUGGGCAGAUUGAUCCUAAUAUUGAUAGUAUUGAUACGAACAUGGUUUGAAUGAACAAUUCAAUGACUCACUCAUAAGUAAUUAACUUGUUCCAUUACUGUCACGAAUCCUGUCCAUGCACUUCCGCUCACUCACCACCAGAGGUCACCCGCUCAUCACAUGGACUCUUGCACUGCACUACACUACUGUUGCAUUUCACCGGACUCCAAUUCCCAUCAUCCAUUACUGAUCACAGCUGUCACCAAUCACUCAUUGCACUAAUCACACGCACACAUGAUCCUACGCACACGCUGAUCACAUGCCUUAUUUAAACCCUGGACUUUCCUUCCGUCAGCGCCGAGUAUUGUAUGCAUUAUCGCUGCCCUACAGAGCCUUGAUAGUUUCCCUAGUCUCGCCUGUUUUCGGAUUGUGGUUUCCCCUGCCUGGACUAUCGCUCACGUUUUGGAUUACCUCUCUUGUCUUGAUACUGUUCGCUGUCGCCUGACCCACGCCUGUUUCAGAUAACUCUUUGCAUUGCCUAUGUUAUACCUGUCUGCCUAUGUUCGACCCUGCCUGUUAAACCAUGUCUCUGAUCAAU